AUGGUCAACGGCGACUUCCACAACUGUACCGACGUAUCACCAGGAUGCCCGAUAUCAGGGACGACAUACGGCUAUAUUCCAAAUAUUCCUGCAAAUUAUGCACUUGUAGUGGUGUUCGGAACCUGCGCUUUCCUGCAACUGGCGCUCGGUAUAUUCUUCCGGACAUGGACGUUCAUGAUCGCCAUCACAGCUGGCUGUCUCAUGGAAGUCAUUGGAUACAUCGGGCGUAUUGAACUGCAUCACAACGUUUGGAGUCGGGCAGCAUUCACUCAACAGAUUGUGUGCUUAAUCAUGGCUCCCUCCCUCAUUGCCGCCGGAAUAUACCUCUCUCUCAAGCACAUCAUCAUCUACCGCGGUCCUCAACAUUCGAGAUUGAAACCAAGACUGUACACCUGGGUCUUUAUUGGAUGCGAUGCAUUUUCCAUCCUGGUUCAGGCAGCAGGUGGUGCGUUGGCAGGGACCGCUAAGAACGACAACCCGAGCUUGAUGAAAGCUGGUAAUACUACAAUCAUGGCGGGCAUUGGGAUCCAGGUCGCUACUAUGACCAUGUGCAGCAUACUCGUCCUUGAUUUCGCUAUCACGUAUCGAAAGCGAGCUGAGUGUCCAAGAAAGACAACGUCAUUUAGCCACACGAGGUUCAGACUAUUCUACUUCGCUGAGAUUUUCGCUUUCGUGACGGUGUUGAUUCGCUCCAUAUAUCGUUUGCCUGAGAUGGCUGGCGGUUGGGGAAACCAGUUGAUGAGAAACGAAACUGAAUUUUUGAUACUUGACGGGAUGUCUCUUCUUUCCAUUGAUGAGCGGUCGGCGGAGAAAUAA